GCAGAAAUAAUGUUGGGACUCCCUUUCUGUGAAGCCGUUGAUAUCUGGGCGCUGGGCUGUGUGAUGGGGAUCAUGAUGUUUGGCUUUGAGCUCUUCCCAACAACAACAGACUACGAUGCACUCCUCUUCAUCAUCGACCUCCUGGGUCCGCCGCCGCAGCACCUCAUGAAGGCUGCACAGAAAUCUAAAGUGUGUUUUAAGAAGACAGACUGUGGUCAGUGGAGGCUCAAGACACCUGAGGAGUAUUGGGGUCCCGAUCUUUCAUCACAUGACGACAGGAAGUACACGUUCCGCUCUCUGGACGAAGGGAAAAUGCUGUGUCUGGAGCAGGACAACGUGACGGAGGCUGAUGAGAGGAGGGAGUGCAUGGAGCUGUUGAAGGAGAUGGUCGCGUGGGAUGAGAGGGAGCGGAUCACUCCCGCUGAUGUCCUCAACCAUCCUUUCAUUACCAAGAGCUACAUACACAGCACCUCCCGCCUCAGCUCCUGUCCUCAGCCUGCUGCAGCUCUGGACGCCACCAGCAUCCACAUGGACAACACGGAGCUCCCUCCCAACACCUCUGAUGACAGAGGGGACGAGAAGAAGAAGAAGAACUCCUGUAGACGCUUCUUCUCCUGGAUGACGAGGAUCUUCUGCUGCUACAUGGACGACGUGCAGGAGUGAAGAUUUCUAUUGUUUGUCGCUAAAGAACCUGAGAACUUGCUCACAGGUGUUCUGCUAGAAAACAUUCAUAGUGCAGAAGAUUCAAACCAUUCAAGCAGAGCUCUGCUCUUAUGUUUGUGUUUUGUGUUUCAUGUUAUUGUUAGUAUUGAACGUGAACGUGAAUGAACUUUUGUCUCAGCAACUCUUGUGAGAUCUGACAACACAGAGCGUUAAUGUUUGUCAGACUGUGUCCAAACAUCUUCUAAGGUAAAAAGUCUUUGUGAUGCUCAACAUGUUAGUUCCCUGUGUGACUCUCUAACGUUAGCUCAACAUAAAUACAUUAGAGCAGGCCUACUGAGGAGACAGGUGGUGUUUACCAUUUGAACAGCAUCGCUGCUGCUCGUGAUCGUCUUUAGUUAUAGAACAUGUUACAGCUUCACUGUGUUGCUGCAGUGCUCAGUGGAGCAUACAUCUCUCUUUCAAACGUGUGAAGAUUACAAGCAGUCAGUUUCACUCUUAUGUGCAUUUUAUAAAUACAUUUAGCUUUGUAAGCUAGUAGCAGCUAAAGUUUGUAGCCGUCCCUCAAUGUUGUUGUUUAUCCUUCUGGCUCGCUAGUUAUUUACAUUCAUGUGACAAAGUUUGUUCUCAGCUGUUAUAUUGAUCUCUGUCUUCUUUCCCUUCAAUAAUGUCAACAAGUCCUUUAAACGUGUGUCUUGUAAAAUGAAACGCUAUUUGUUCUCAUGCUUAUGACUCACAUGCCAUCAUUUAACUUUAAGAUAUGAAGACAUGUUAGACUCUG